UGCCGCGCCAUCUUUGGAAAACAGUGAGCCAAACACUGAAUGAAACUUCAAUUUCUUCGUUUGUAAGAACGUGUCGCUGCAUGGACUGAAAUCCUUGGUAUUCCAGGCAUUCCUAGUGAACAUGGGAAUCAAAGUUCGCCCCCGCUGCUUCUUUGACGUUGGAAUCAGUAAUGUUCUUGUGGGCAGAGUUGUGGUGGAGUUAUUUGCAGACAUCUGUCCUAAAACAUGUGAAAACUUCAGAUGCCUUUGCACAGGUGAGAAAGGCAUUGGUAAAGGAACUCAGAAACCCCUGCACUACAAAGGAUGUCUUUUCCAUCGGAUUGUUAAAGACUUCAUGAUUCAAGGAGGAGACUUCAGUGAAGGAAAUGGAAGAGGAGGUGAAUCUAUCUAUGGAGGCUUUUUUGAAGAUGAAAGCUUUGCUGUCAAACACAACAAGGAGUAUCUGCUGUCUAUGGCYAAUAGGGGCAAAGAUACAAACGGAUCCCAGUUUUUCAUUACAACGAAACCUGCACCACAUCUGGACGGUGUCCAUGUGGUUUUUGGUCAUGUAAUCUCUGGCCAAGAAGUAGUUCAAACAAUGGAGAACCAGAAAACGGAUCCUAACAGUCGGCCCUAUGCUGAAGUGAAAGUUCUUAACUGCGGAGAACUCAUCCCUAAAUCUAAAGCAAAGAAAGCUGAAAAGAAGAAAGAGAAAGCCGGCUCCGGGUCCGGCAGCAGCUCCUCUGACUCUGAAACCUCCUCCAAGUCGUCAUCCGAGUCGGAAGCAUCUGAAAAAGAAUCCAAGAAGCGAAAAAAGAAGGCAAAGAAGAUGAAGAAGAAGCAAAAGAAGGAGGAUAAGAAAAAGUCUGGUGCUGAGAGCGCUGAAGAGAAGGACCAGGAGGAUUUGGUUACAUCUACAGUACGUCCUGAAGAAAUACCACCCAUCCCUGAGAAUCGGUUCCUCAUGAGGAGAAGCCCUCAAACAGUCCAGGCAACAAACAAAGAGGAUGAAAAGGAUCAGAGAAAGAAAGAGGACAGGCCAAGACAGAACUCUGGUACAUCAUACAAUUCUCUGUCAGCAUACCAGAGACGGUUUGUGGUGACAACGAGAUCAGGCAGGAAGAUAAAAGGAAGAGGACCCAGGAGAUACCGGACUCCGUCACGCUCCCGCUCGAGGUCCAGAGAUCGAUUUCGGCGCAGUGAAACUCCUCCACACUGGCGUCUGGARUUGCAGCGUCAGAGGAUGAGGGCGGUCACAGGAGAGCGGUGGAUUAAGGGUGACAAAAGCGAAAUGAAUGAGACUAAAGAUGAAGAAACUAAAACUCCAAGGCGAGAGAGAAGGGCCUCCAACACGCAAGAAGAACACACGGAUGAGAGUAAAAAAGACAAGAAUAKGUCUCACAGAUCUAAAAGCAAGGACGACAAGCAGGAAGAAAAGGCUGAGAAGCGUAGCAAACACAAAGCCAAGAAAAAAGAAAAGUCUCACAGUCGCAGUAAAAGCAGAGAAAAGAGUCGACGGUCCAAAAGCAAAGACAAGGACAGCAAGCAUAAAAGUGGCGACAGGAGAGGUCACUCGAGGAGCAAAGAAAAAAAUGUUGACAAGAAAGAGAAGAGGUCAGAACGAGGUCAAAGUAAAGAUAGACAAARGGGUCACGAAUCUGAUAAAAAACAUAAAGAAGAACCGAAAGCGAAAACUGAGGAGAGAACCAUUAAAAUUAUUAGGCAGCCGUCCAAGUCUCGAAGCAAGGAACGGUCAUCCACGAAGGAUGAGCGCAGGUCCAGGAGCAGAAACAGGGAUAGAGGGGAGCCUUCGGCGUCCAAAGACGAAGAAAAACGAGAAAAAGACCGAGGCAGAGGAAGAAGCAGGAGUAAAGACAGGCGACACAACAAUGACAGGGAGAGCAGGAGAGGAGGAACAUCCAGAGAUAAAGACCGGCGAUCCAGAAGUCCAGACAGGAGCAGGGCUAGAGACUCGCAGCGAGGCCGGCGCUCUAGAAGCAGGAGUCACAGGAGAGACCGCAGCAAGGACCGAUCCUCUCAUCGAAAAGAUCAAAGCAGAGAUUCUGCCAAGCAAAGGAGACRCCGCAGCAGCAGCAGCUCUGAGAGCGACAGAGCUGAAAAAAAGAGGCGACGGAGGAGUCCAGAAUCUUCCAGGAGAAACAAGAGUCCUUCCAAAUCCAGGGACAGGAGAAGCYCGGCCAGACCCGAUAGUACUAAAGGUAAAACUAGAAACAAUAGCAAGAAGAAUCAUUCGAGCUCCAGCUCUGACAGUGACUGAUCUUUUUUUAUAUUGAUAUUAAAACCGUGUGUAGUCUCAGCGUUCCAGUCCUCAGUUUUUCCAAAGUCACUUUGAAAAUCUAACUCCAGGCUGGUAAGUUAGUGACAUACAGAUUAAAUAAAUUUCCAGUAAAURAAUAUGGCAUUUUACAAAAGCCUGAUUUAAAGGCUUUUUUUUUUACAAUUUUUAUCUCAUUUGAUCAUUUAUAUUGGCGUUCAUCAGCUCCUAAAUCAAACAUUUUGUUUAAAACAUAAAUAUUACAGUCAAGCUGUUUUCACAAGAAGUCUGGAAGAGAUCAUUUAUUCUGUCUUGCAUGAUUAUUCUUUUUAUUAGAAAAGUUUUUGUUUGUCACAUUGCUACAUUAUUUUUACUUUAUCUGUUUUUUUKUUUGUUUGUUUUUUUAAAUAAAAGGCUGUUUAGUACAAGAUACAUGCAGUUUGUAAAAUCUACAAGUUGGUUCUAAAUAUCUGCUGGAGUUUAGAUGGAAUUAAAAACUGUGAUUUUUUUUCUUUUGUUUUCUAUUCUCUGUAUAUACGGAGUCCAGAAUACGAUUUGCAAUCAAAACUACAAUAAUGAACUGACGACGACUUAUUGAAAAAAAAAAUCAAAUUUGCUUCCAGGUGAGCCUGUGUCAAACAUCACUGUCUGGUAAAAUAAAAAAUGCUUUUAAUAUUC